GUCAGGUGGAUAUUUGAAUUUUUUUUUUUCCAGUGUCAGUAACAGAGGGUGCUGACCCUUCUUUCCAUUCCCCCUGCUUGGUACCUGGUUGUGGCUAAGGAACCUGCAUGUGUGAAACAACAGGCUGGAUUAGGAAUAAUCUUUGUGGCACAGAAUGAACCCACAGUGGAAGAGAAAAUACUGCAAACUGUUUGACUGCUGGUGAAGAUGGUCUUUUAUUUUUGUGACAGACAACUGUGGGAUCUGUAAUAGAAAUGAUGGCUGGCUGUGGUGAAAUUGAUCACUCAAUAAACAUGCUUCCUACGAACAGGAAAGCGAAUGAGUCCUGUUCUAAUACUGCACCUUCUCUAACUGUCCCUGAAUGUGCCAUUUGUCUGCAAACAUGUGUUCACCCAGUCAGUCUGCCUUGUAAGCAUGUUUUCUGCUAUCUGUGCGUAAAGGGAGCUUCAUGGCUUGGAAAGCGAUGUGCCCUCUGUCGACAAGAAAUUCCCGAAGAUUUCCUUGACAAGCCAACCUUAUUGUCACCAGAAGAACUCAAGGCAGCGAGUAGAGGAAAUGGUGAAUAUGCAUGGUAUUAUGAAGGAAGAAAUGGGUGGUGGCAGUAUGAUGAGCGCACUAGUAGAGAGUUGGAAGAUGCUUUUUCCAAAGGUAAAAAGAGCACUGAAAUGUUAAUUGCCGGGUUUCUGUAUGUUGCUGAUCUUGAAAAUAUGGUUCAAUACAGGAGAAAUGAACAUGGACGUCGCAGGAAGAUUAAGCGGGAUAUAAUAGAUAUACCAAAGAAGGGAGUAGCCGGACUUAGGCUGGACUGUGACGCUAAUACUGUAAACCUAGCGAGAGAGAGCUCUGCAGAUGGAGCGGACAGUCUAUCAGCACAGAGUGGAGCUUCUGUUCAGCCUCUAGUGUCUUCUGUAAGGCCCCUAACAUCAGUAGAUGGUCAGUUAACAAGCCCUGCAACACCAUCCCCUGAUGCAAGCACUUCUCUGGAAGACUCUUUUGCUCAUUUACAACUCAGUGGAGACAGCAUAGCUGAAAGGAGUCAUAGGGGGGAAGGAGAAGAAGAUCAUGAAUCACCAUCUUCAGGCAGGGUACCAGCACCAGACACCUCCAUUGAAGAAACUGAAUCAGAUGCCAGUAGUGAUAGUGAGGAUGUAUCUGCGCUUGUUGCACAACACUCCUUGACCCAACAGAGACUUUUGGUUCCUAAUGCAAACCAGACAGUAUCUGAUCGAUCAGGAACUGAUCUGUCAGUAGUAGGGGGUGGAACAGUGAGUGCUGGUGUCAGAUCUAGAAGGCCUGAUGGACAGUGCACAGUAACUGAAGUUUAAAUAAAAAACUCUUCAAGGUUAAAAUGGUUAUCUGUAAAUUUAUGCCCACAUAACAUUAUACUCAUCCCUAGUAGUGCAUUUUGGGAGUUGGGGUGGGAAGGGGUAUGGGGAGGACAGACCUGUAAUAAAAAUGUUUAACAUGUCUCUGUUGAGGAAUUUAUUUAAUAUAAGGAACUCGGGCGUUAAUAGUUGAGAGUUGUUUAGUAAUAACCCAGUUUUUUUGAGGUCUGUUUUAUAGGUUUUUAAAAUUUCUUCAGUUCUUUUGGCCAGUGUGUGUGUAUUAUCUGUGCAUUAACAGUCCUCAUCUUAUUCUUGCAUUGUGUCUUAUUUUCCUGCAUGGAUUGACGUAAAACCAUUACUAAAAUUUGGCACCUAUGAGAUGUCUGGUAUCAGUAUGAACAGGAAGCUUAAUUAAUAUGAAAAUAGAUGUGAAUUUGGAAUUUUAAAAUAGAUGAAUAACAACUAUUAAAUAGUAAAGUUACUGAAAUGGAAAUGUAAAGAAAACAGUUAACUUAUGUUUCAGAAUCUUGUAACAUACUUCAUGGCGUUUCCCAUAGGCUUUGCUGUCUAGUCCUUGUAGUUUGAGGUUCCUCUUGAUCUGCAUUUUUCUUUUUGAUUACAGAAUUUAUAAUUUAAUAAAUACUAGAGUUUAUCAAAAAUAAUUUGUCUGUUGUUUGAGUCUGGAAAGAGGAUGGAAACAUUUUGACAUUAGUGGCCAAAGGUUAAUAAACAGGUGAUGGUUUGGAGUGGUGGUAUUCAGCUUAGUCACCUGCUUGAAGUUUGAUUUAUUCAUAAAGAAUAAUUAAACAGAAUCUACAAGCAAUUGCACGGUAUAAGUGUGUAUGGAAUUAAAUCUACAGCCCGUGAGACUUAAAUUUCUUACAUAACUGGUAGUGGAGACCAUACUAGAUUUUCCUUGCCAGUCUUCAUUAGUGGCCUGACACUAAUGGAUUAAAUUGUAUUAUUUGUAAACAGCCUUAGUAGACACAAAUUCACUUCACACAAAAUGUAGACUCUAUGGCAAGAUAGGAAGUCCUGGGUUAACUUGGAAAUCCAGAAUUUGGUUCUGAAAAAAGGUAGUGUGAGUUUUAGUGUUGUAACUCAAAACAGUAGGAUCAUGUUGAAGCCUAUGCACGUUACUUUUAAUAUGUUUUUCAAGUAUGAAUUGAAUGUUACAAGAGCAAAUAAAAACUGCCACUACUUUGAAA